GAAAAAAAGACUCAGAAAAGAUGUGAAGAGCGAGAGUUAACAGCAACCUGAGAGGAGAGGAAACAGACCCGUGUUUUGAAAGCAAAAGCCUGCCCUUACGGGAAAUCAGAGCACUUUUGCAGCUCACCAGACUCAGGUGCUCCUUCGCGACGAAAGCCCUCGGCAGCCCUCAGCGCUGCACGGUGAGUCCCAUGGGUUGCUCUCCUGGCGGGAACGCUGCUCUCCUGGUGGAGACACUGCUCUCCUGGUGGGGACAUGGGUCUCCUGGUGGGGACACUGCUCUCCUGGUAGGGACGCUGCUUUCCUGGUGGGGACAUGGCUCUGCUGCUGGGGACGCUGCUUUCCUCAUGGGGACACGGCUCUCCCGGUGGGGACAUGACUGUCCUGGUGGGGACACGGCUCUCCUGGUGGCUGCACAGGGCCGUGAGAGCCUGGGUGGGUGCAGGUCUGCAGAGUGGAGCUGCAGGGGCUCACGUGGCUGUGGAGGCUGCCUUGCAGGCACCACCGUAGGUGCUCGCUGCUCGGGGCGCACUUCUCAGGGUGGGAUCAGCGUCCCGCAGCACCCACCGCGCUCUCCAGGGGGUGGCAGCGGGAGAGCUGCAGGCGCGAUGGCAACACCGGCACAGCAGGGCUGGCAGCACGUCUGCGAAGCCCACCGCGGCCAAGGCGAUGGCCUCAACCCUCCUUUCCCCGUCAGAGGCGCUGGGUCUCCCCAUGGGGCUGCUCAGCAGCAAGAGCAGCACCUCCAGCAGAGGCAGCUUCCAGGGCAGUGCUGGGGAGCUGCUGUUCAACGCCCUGGAAAAGCUGUCGGAGAUGGAUUUUAAAAGAUUUCGGGAUGUGCUGGCGCACGGAGACCUCCAGGGCCAACGCUGCAUUCCCUGGGGGCGGCUGCAGAAAGCCGACUGGACCGACACGAAAAACCUCAUGCUGCGUUUCUACGGUGGAGACGCCGCCCUGAACGUCGCUGAGGCCGUGCUGGAGCAGAUCCAUCUCCGCGACACUGCAGCCUGGCUCCUGGAAGAGAGAGAGAAAGGUGGGAAAGCUGAGGUAGGCACCGUCGGGGCAGGCGGGCGGGGUGCCGGUGCCACUGGCAUCGGCAGCCCUGGGGUGCUGAGGUUGGGGGGGAACCGGCAUCAAACUGGGUCUGCAGGCCCCUCGCCUGAGCAUCGCCCGGAGGAGGUGGUGGUCAGCCCUCCUGAGUGA